AUGAACGUCAAACAUUGGCCAUGGAUGAAGCUGUUCUUUAAGAUCAAACCUCUUCUGAAGAGCGCGGAGACUGAAAAGGAGAUGCAGAACCUGAAAGAAGAGCUUGAGAAAACCAAGGAUGAGCUGGUCAAGUCAGAGACCCGGAGGAAGGAGGUAGAGGAGAAACUGGUGGGCCUGACCCAGGAGAAGAACGACCUCCUUCUUCAAGUCCAUUCGGAAGGUCAGAAUUUAUCAGAUGCUGAGGAAAGAUGUGAUGAACUUAUUAAGAGUAAAAUUCAGAUGGAAGCCAAAGUGAAGGAGCUUAUGGACAGGCUGGAAGAUGAGGAAGAGAUGAGCGCUGAUCUAACAGCAAGAAGAAGGAAGCUGGAAGAUGAGACCAGCGAGCUGAAAAAGGACAUUGACGACCUGGAGUUGACUUUGGCCAAAGUAGAGAAAGAAAAACACGCUACAGAAAACAAGGUGAAGAACUUGACUGAAGAGAUGGCUGCCCUGGAUGAAGCUAUUGUGAAGCUCACCAAGGAAAAGAAAGCAAUACAGGAGGCUCAUCAACAAACUCUGGAUGACCUUCAGGCUGAAGAGGACAAGGUCAACUCUCUCACCAAAAUGAAGCUCAAAUUGGAGCAGCAAGUGGAUGAUCUUGAAGGAACUCUUGAGCAGGAAAAGAAGUUACGGGUUGACCUGGAAAGAAUCAAAAGGAAACUAGAGGGGGAUCUAAAGCUUUGUCAGGAGACCAUAAUGGAUCUGGAGAAUGAUAAAGUGAACUCAGAAGAAAGGGUUAAAAAGAAGGACUUUGAAGUAGCCGAGCUCCAGAGAAGAACUGAAGAUGAACAAGGUUCUAACACCCAACUGCAGAAAAAAAUUAAGGAGCUUCUGGCCAGCAAUGAAGAACUGCAUGAAGAGAUUGAAUCAGAGCGAGCAGCUCGAGCUAAGAUUGAGAAGCAGAGAGCAGAACUGUCCAGAGAACUGGAAGAUAUCAGUGAGAGGCUGGAAGAAGCUGGCGGGGCGAGCGCUGUCCAAGUGGAAAUGAAUAAAAAGAGGGAAUCUGAAUUCCAAAAGAUACGGCGAGACCUGGAGGAAUCCACAUUGCAGCAUGAAUCAGUUGUGGCCGCUUUGAGGAAGAAACAAGCUGAUGGAAUGGCGGAGCUGGGAGAGCAAAUUGAAAACCUCCAGCGUAUCAAGCAGAAGCUUGAGAAGGAAAAGACUGAACUGAAGAUGGAGGUUGAUGAUCUUGCUGGGAACAUGGAGUCUGUGGUCAAGUCCAAGGCCAACCUAGAGAAGACGUGUCGGGUUCUGGAGGACCAAUUCUCUGAGAUAAAGGCUCAGAAUGAGGAGAACCUGCGACUUAUGAAUGAUCUCACAACCCAAAAAGCCCGCCUGCAGAAUGAGCAUGGUUUGUAUGUUUAA